CAGCGUGGGGCUCGCCAGCUACAGAGAUUCUCUGACUUGCGCAGCUUUACACAGACAAGCCCCGCCAUGCAGAGCCUUGCAUAUUUUUUUCUUCAGAAAUUGUAAAGAGUCAAAGAAGGCUAAGAAAUAAAAUGGCAAAACAUGAGGCAUAAUCUCAUAGUAUUUAAUACGUAUAUACAUAGAGAUUCACCUAUUUAAUGUGAAUAUCACGUAUUUAUAUCAACCGCAAAUACCUCAAGCUCAUCACAAUCACCCUCAUCUUCUCUACUUGGCCGCAAAAUUAAAAAUUUUCAAUACUAAAAUGAAGAAAGCUCAGCUUGUGUUCAUCCCCUGGCCCGACAUUGGCCACCUUGUCUCAGAGGUGGAGGCAGCAAAGCUUCUUCUUACCCACCAUCAACAGCUCUCCAUCACAGUACUUAUCCUCAACCAUUCUUCUGUCAACCCCAAAGUUCAUAACUACAUCGAAUCGCAGCAAGCUUCCUUGUCUACUAUAUCCAAUCGUCUCCGAAUCAUUGAUCUACCCAAAGGCGAGACUGACUUUUCUUUCGUUGAGAGACAGAAACCUCAUGUCAAAGAAGCUGUGUUGAAGAUUACUCAGUCUGAGUCAAACAUCGAAUCGCCCCAGUUGGCGGGUUUUGUUGUCGAUAUGUUAUGCACGCCCAUAAUAGAUGUGGCCAAUGAAUUUGGUGUUCCAUCUUACAUUUUCUUUCCUUCAAGUGCAGCUUCUCUUGGUUUAUUGCUUUAUGUUCAGAAGAUUCAUGAUGAAGAGAAAUUUGACCCCAAUGAGUUUAAAGACUCAGAUGCUACGUUACCGGUGCCGAGUUUGGUAAACCCAUUUCCUGCUAAGGUUAUGCCUUUUGCGAUAUUAAGCAGAGAGUUUCCUUUUCUACUUAACAAUGCGAGGAGGUUCAGAGAAACAAAGGGUAUUAUGGUAAAUACAUUUUUGGAGCUCGAAUACCAUGCGAUCGAGUCUUUCAAAAUGCUUCCCGUUUACCCUGUGGGACCUAUUUUGCAUUUGGGGUCGGAUGGAACCAACGCUCACCAAGAAAUCAUGCAGUGGCUAGAUGAUCAGCCUCCAUCAUCAGUAGUGUUCUUGUGCUUCGGGAGCAUGGGAAGUUUUGGUGAGGAUCAAGUGAAAGAGAUUGCAUGUGCGUUAGAGCAUAGUGGUCAUCGAUUCUUGUGGUCCUUACGGCGGUCACCAUGUCCAGGUAUCGUAGCAUCUACUUGUGACUAUGAGGAUCCACAGGAAGUCUUGCCGGAAGGAUUCUUGGAUCGAAUGGCUGGAGUUGGAAAGGUAACGGGAUGGUCUCCACAAGCGGCUGUCUUGGCCCAUCCAGCUAUAGGAGGAUUUGUUUCACAUUGUGGAUGGAAUUCUGUGCUUGAAAGCAUAUGGUUUGGUGUCCCAAUUGCUGCGUGGCCAAUGUAUGGAGAGCAACAAUUUAAUGCCUUUGAAAUGGUAAUGGAGUUGGGAUUGGCAGUGGAAAUUAAAAUGGAUUAUAGGAAUGACAGUGGAAUAAUUGUGAAUUGUGAUGAAAUAGAGAGAGGAAUAAGGGGUUUAAUGGAGCAUGAUAGUGAGAAAAGAAAGAAAGUAAAGGAGAUGAGUGAGAAGAGUAGAAUGGCCUUAGUGGAUGGUGGAUCUUCAUACUUUUGUUUAGAUGGUCUCAUAAAAGAAGUGAUAGAUAAUUUAACAUAAAAUAAUUGUAUUAAAGUUUUUAUUUUUAUAUAUAGUUAGAUAGUAUUUCCAUCAACUUAUAUGUAUCUCAUCGUUUAAAUGAAUUUAUAAUUAUAUUUUGAAGUUUUAUUUA